AUGGGAGACACUAGUCUCCGUUGCCUUGAUUGUCAGGGCAAAUUUGGUGCGAUCUGCUCAGAUCUUCGCUGUGCCCUGUGCGGAACCCUCUUCCGGCUGAAAGGGCUUGUGCUCUCAGAAGCCUUUCCAGAGGGUGCGGGGCACUUUGCGGAGGUGAGCCUGCGCGACGUCUACUUCAAGAACCUUGAGGCUGGAGAAGCUAAGGUGUUAGAGGAGAAGGCACAGGGAGGUAUCAAGGAAGAACCUCCGGGAGUGAUUGACAAGAGGCCUUUGGAGGCGCCACCACUUAACCUCCAAACUACACCCAAAGCAAAGCCAGCUGAGAAGGAGAGAGCCACAUCAGCCCACCGCCCAAGAGAGAAGUCAAAGCACAAGAAAAGACACCACAGAAGGAGCGAAGAAGAGGAGGAGAACAAAGAUAAGAAGAAGAGAAGGAGGAGCCGUACACCGGGGAGGAGUCGUAGCCGUACCCUCCGUGAUAAGCCAGAAAGAGUCGCAGAAGAAAGACCCCCUUUGCCCCGCCAAUCAGAAAGGAAGCAACGAGAUCGACCUCGAGACAGCCGGGAGAGAGCCAGAGGAUCCUACGAGCACGGCCGUGGAGACAGAUCUGUGCGACCCCGUAGUCCCUUGAGGCCAAGGAGUCCGCCAGGGCCUCCCCCGCCUAGGUCGCCCCAUCGGAGGUGGUCUGGGCCCAUUCCAGCUGGCUUGGCGGAAAAGAAACAGAAGGUGGUGAUCUGGAUGCCACCCAAGAUUGGGAGGCGUCCAGCGGCAGGCCCAAGAGUGGGCCGAGGAGUGAGGAGAGUUGCAGGUGUGGGGGCGGCAGCAAAGGGCCGUCCUGGGCCGAAGGCCAAAGCCAAAGCAGGCAUUCUCAGGAGGAGAAGGCCGGCUGGAAAGACUGAGGAGGAAGAAGCGGCUGAAAGGCAGGGAGAGCAGGAGCUCUCCGAGGCGUUUGCGCGAGGAGACGAAGUAGAGGGAGCAGCAGUGCCCCCGUCACUAUGGAAGAGCGGCCAACGCGUGGUCGUCACUCGGGGCGUCUACUGGGAGGAGCCCGUGGUGUUGGCAGGCUUGAUUCAAGGAGUUCUUCAAGAUGCCGACGGUACCACCCUGAAGGUGGAAGUCGAGGGGAGCCAGACAGAGUCACUGGUUACCUGGGCAGGGCUCAACCCAGGACGCAAGAUGGACAUCCACCUUUGCAGUGCCGACUGUCCCAAGAUGUCCAGAGAGGGGUUGACCCAUGGAUUUCGGGUUUGGCAGUUGGUGCCCAGUGUCCAGGUGGGCUGGAUGAACAACCUGGUAGAGGUGAAGCGGGAUGCGCGGGUGGAAGAAGACGAGCUUCGAAGGUUGAGAGAAGUAGCCGAGAAGCGGAGAGGAGACGGAGGAGGAGCAGGAGAAGGUCGGAGAGGCGGCCAGCAAGACGGAGAGACGUCUUCAAGCUCUCGAGACAAGAAGGGAAAGAAGAGGAGGACCAAGAAGAAGAAGGAGUCCAAGGAGAAGGUGAAGAUUGCAGGGACAAAGCCCCUGGACCAGGUUUUUGGCAAUACCGCGAUGGAUCCAAAGCCAGACAAGAGGAAGUCCAUACGCAAGAGAGCGCGGAAGGCUGCAAAGAGGAAAGGGAAGCGAGGCGAUUCAUCGACUUCGAGCUCCCGAGCCACCUCACACGAGAGCGGCAGCACCUCCGGAGAAGAAGGGAGGCUUUUCGGGGAAGAGGCUCGAGUCAAGAUGCUCUGGAAGAGGUUCCCGGGCGCCCUGACACUGAACACUAUCGAGCACAUGCAGACCUUGGUAGUGUCACAGUCGGGUCAGCCAUGGGAGGUGGAUCGAGCUCAUCUACCUCCGAUAUUCUCCCAAUUUUGGAGGAUGAGCUUCUCUACAAAGAUGGGAGGUGCCAUGGGACGAGAGUCUCAGACAUUGAGCUUCAUCCAGGACAUGCUCAUCCAGGGGAAAAUCGCGGGCGCGUGCGAUGUGAUCACGCAGCGCCUAAAGGGCUUAGAGCAAAUCUCCAACGGGGGACAUUUCUCGAUAGCCCAGCGGCAGGAGCUGGUACCAACCGAUACGGUUGCGAUGAGUACCCCCAUGGAAUCUCUGGAAGCAGCCCGACUGCAGCGGGAGGAGCAGAAGGCAAAGGCAGCAAGUGCACGGACAUGGGAUCGGCGGCCGGAUUGGGAACGCCGGGCAGAAGAAAGCAGAGGGAAAGGAAAAGGGAAAGAUCAGAAGGGCAAGGGCAAAUCAAAGACAGACAAUCCAGGUCCUGAAAAGGACCUACCUCUUGGUAAGGCGACUGGCCUGGGGCGUGAGAGAGGUGCCUCGGCAAGGAGCCUGACGGGGGAUCUUUUGGAGGCCGAAGCGUCGAGCCCGACCGGGCCAGGCGGGAUUUUUCCAUUGCCUGAUACCCUCUCGGGGGUUGAACGUGUGGUUGGACGCCUCUCCGGAGACGGGCUGGUAGUCCUAAGCGGUUUGUGUAGGGCGCUCAAUUCCUACUACGGGGCGCAGGCAGCCGAGAAGGCGAUGGUAUCAGAAGCCACAAAGAUGGCGCUGCAUGCCAUGUGUAGCUACGCGACUGACUUUGGCCUAUCCAGCGAAAAGUUUGAGGGUUUGCGUUGGGAGCAGUUCAUGGCGGUUAGGGGUGUAGACUAUCGAGGUGAAGAAGUAAAACUAGCACGUCGUUUUACCUGGUCUAACAUUGAACCUGCUUUACCCCAAGGAAUUGGUUGCAUACCGCUUGAAGAGGUGUGUGAGGGUGGGACUUUGGAUUUUGUGGUAAAUCUGGAAAGCUACCUUCUUCCGUUAGAGGACAUGGUUUAUACCAAGCCUCCUAGGAUCUUUGUUUAUCCAGAGGCAUGGGAGCAGGUGUGCUCCGGUCUUCUUGAACGAGGAGUAUGCCGACUUUUACCCCAAGCUGAAAUUUUUCACUUGGAUUCAAAACCUCUUCACAAUGGUUUAUUUGGAGUUUCAAAAGAUGAGUUCCAAGAUGGCAUUGAAAUUUUCAGAUUGAUAAUGAACUUGGUUCCUGCCAACAAGCUGGUUCGUAACCUGGGUGGAGAUAUUUCAACACUCCCUUCGGUGGUGGGAAUGGCCCCUAUUUUGAUGGAGAACAAUGAGAUGCUUGUGAUGUCGAGCGAAGACAUAAGAUGUUUUUUCUACCUGUUUUCGGUUCCCCCUGUGUGGCAUAAGUUUUUGAGCUUUGGAAGGGAGGUUCCGGCCUCCGUGGCUCCUCAAGGGGCAAAAGAGCCAUACUUCUUAGCCUCACGGGUUUUACCAAUGGGAUUUGCUAGCAGUGUGGCUAUUGCCCAACAUGUCCACCGAAGGGUAGCUCGCAUGGCACUCAAUUCUAUGAAACUUCAUGGUCAAGGACACUGUGAAUUACGUAAGGACAAGGUCUUUCCUAGCUCCAAGUGGUUGUACAGAAUUUACCUUGACAAUUUCGACACGCUAGAGCUCAUGGAUGAAGGACUGGCUAGUCUCAUUUCGGGGAAACCUUCGGUAGCAACCUUGGCAAUGCGGGAGGGUUAUCUCCACUGGGGUAUGCCCAGGCAUCCCAAAAAAUCCGUUGAGCAAGAGCUGGUGGCCGAGAUCCAAGGUGCCUUGGUGGAUGGCCGCGCUGGGAAGGUGAGGCCUAAACCUCAAAAGGUUAUGAAGUAUGUUGAGUUGGCUUGGUUGCUACUGCGGGACGGCUGGGCAAAUCAAAAGCAGAUGCGGGUGGUUUGUGGGGGCUUCGUUUAUUGCUGCAUGUUUCGUAGGGCUAUGCUGGGCAUGUUGAACCAGGUGUGGCGGUUCAUUACUUCCUUUGAAGGGGACCCCCCGGUGGUGAAACGCCGGAUUCCGCUUGUUGUGCAACUGGAGAUGGUCCGAUUCGUUUGUGCGAUACCACUAGCUCAGAUGAAUUUGCGGACGCCAGUUCAGGGAGGUGUCACUGCGAGUGAUGCCUCCGAGAGCGGAGGGGGGUUUUGUAUCAGCGAUGGUCUGACCCCCAUGGGAGUACAUGCAGCUGGAUGCCAAGUGCGUGGGGACAUGCCGGAGGUGGAGGACCACGUCCAAGUCCUGUCAGUGGGACUCUUUGAUGGCAUUGGUGCUCUGCGAGUUGGCUGUGACGUGCUCAAGCUGCCAAUGGCAGGCCAUGUCAGCUCUGAAGUCUCCAAGGAAGGGAAUGGAGUAGUAGAAGGCCAGUUCCCAGAUACCCUGCAUGUUGGGGACGUGACUCUCAUCACUGAUGAUGUAGUACUGGGCUGGGCGUCCCGCUUCAGUAAUGUGGGCGUUGUAGUGGUCGGCGGUGGGCCACCGUGCCAAGGGGUAUCGGGGCUGAAUGCUGACAGAAAAGGGGCACUCAAGGAUGCCCGCAGCAAACUCUUUGUCCACGUGAAGCGGGUCUAUGAGCUGUGCAAGCUGAGGUUCCCUUGGGCCCAAGGUCAUUUCUUUAUGGAAUCGGUCUUCUCCAUGGACGCUAAAGACAGGGGGAUCAUGAGCGAAGUCAUGGGGGUGUGGCCUUACGUGGUGGACGCAGUUGAUGUGACAGUCUGCCGUCGACCAAGGCUCUACUGGAUUUCCUGGGAAAUUAUGGAGUGUGAUGAGGUACAGAUUCAGGUCCAGCGCAGUGAUAGGUUCUGGGAGUCUUACUCCGUGGUCAAGCUGGUGUGCCAGGUAGAACCUAGCUGUUUCUUUGCGAAGGGCUGGGCCAUGGAUCCAGGACAAGUGCUGCCAACCUUUACGACAGCUCGUCCAAGGGAUCACCCUGGUAACAAGCCUGCUGGACUGUGGCAAUGCAAUGCCACCGAAGUGCGGCGCUGGAAGGCUGACCGGCAUCGGUACCCUCCGUACGUAUAUCGUGACCAAUACUGCCUGGUCAACUCUCUGGGAGAUAGGCGAUUGCCCAAUAUCUCCGAGAAGGAAGCUGCAAUGGGGUUUCCAGUCGGGUACACCGAAGGGUGCUUGCCCAAAGGUCAGCAAAAGGGCGAAGGGUUUGCCGACGUACGCCACACUCUGAUUGGGAAUUCGUGGUGUGUACAAGUGGUAGCUUGGCUCCUCAAAGAGCUCUUCCGCCCUCUGGGCCUGGCACCCGUGGCUAGUUUGCAAGAGGUGGUGCGAGCUGCGUCACCGGGACUGGAUUCCCAAUUACAGGCCUAUUUGCGGCGGCUGCCAUUGAACCCCGUAAAGGGGAGCUAUCACCAAGCUCCUGAAAAGGCAUUGACUCAAAAAUUGAUGCAGUUCGUCUCAGUAAAAGGAGAAGAUCUUUUGCUGCAGGCGGACUCUGAAAACCAAGUCAAAUUCCACAGGAGCUUGCUAGAAGGGGCCACAAGGGAGGAACGCAUUGUCCAACGGAGGAAGUUAGGGAGUCUGAAGUCGCUGACGGUACAGCCGGCCACUAGAAAACGCUACGAUUUAGCACUGAAUCAGUUCCUUGAUUUUUUGAAGCUAGAGGGGAUCAGCCUGCCAAGCAAAGGAGAUGCAUUGGAUGAGGUGGCGGCAGAAUACUUGGAACACCUGUGGAGUUCAGGAGAAGGCAGAGCUCUCGCUUCUGACACUCUAGCCAGUCUGCAGAAUAUGGAACCCAAUUUGAAAGGUCAUUUAAAUAUAUCCUGGCGGUUGCUUAAGGUCUGGCACCAAAAUGAGAUGCCCAACCGAGCACCUCCGUUCCCUGAGGUUGUUCUUCAGGCGUUAGUAGGAAAGGCCAAUAUGAAGAAUGACCCCAAUUUUGCUCUGUCUCUGCUACUAGGGUUUUAUGGAAUGAUGCGUACAGGAGAAAUCCUGAGCCUUGAACCCAAACACGUUGAAGCCAAUCGUGACAAUGGUCCGGCCAUUAUCUCGUUGGGAUUGACAAAAGCUGGCAAACGACAAGGUGCUGCAGAAAGCAUCACGUUGUCAGUACAGGAGGUGGUUCGUAGAUUACGCCACUGGAAAGAGUCAACCCGUAAACCUUUAGUGGCCUCAGCCAGCCAAUGGCGGGCGAAAUUUUCCAACCUUUUGGCUGAACUAGGUUUAGAAUCCUUUCAUUUCAGACCCUAUUCGCUACGGCGAGGCGGAGCAACAUUUUGGUUUGGGAAACAUGGAUCUUUCGACCGUUUAUUAGUGCAGGGUCGGUGGCAUGCGCAAAAGACGGCUCGGAUCUAUAUCGAUUCCGGCGUAGCUGCCCUGGCUGAAAUGAAAAUUCCAACUGCUAAGUUGCAAGGUUUUGUGAGUGUGUAUUCCAAUGCUUCGAGGCAAGAGCUUCCGAGCCUUGAGCGUACUCGCAAAGCGAGUAGUUCAGGGGGACGUGGAAACAAGGUGGUGAAACAGAAAAAAGUUGACCGCAGAGGGUCAAACAAUAGACCAUGGAGGGUCUAUUAA